AAGGCGCUGGGAUUGGUCGGGACCCUGCAGGCGACUCCGAACGUGGCGCGGGGUUUGCUUGCUCCCGCGCGGCGGGGACAGGUGGGCGGAAUGUCCCAAGCCGGUGGCGGUGCGUGCGGUGAUGCGAGGCAAGAAGACUCUGCUGCUGCAGGCCCGUUCAGCUUCAGCCCGGAGCCCACGCUUGAGGACAUCCGACGUCUCCAUGCAGAAUUUGCUGCUGAGCGGGACUGGGAGCAGUUCCACCAGCCUCGGAACCUGCUCCUAGCCUUGGUGGGAGAAGUGGGCGAGCUGGCAGAACUCUUCCAGUGGAAGUCUGAUGCAGAGCCUGGUCCUCAAGCCUGGCUGCCAAAGGAACGAGCAGCCCUUCAAGAGGAGCUUAGUGACGUCCUCAUCUACCUGGUGGCAUUAGCAGCCCGUUGUCGUGUGGAUUUACCUCGAGCAGUAAUUUCCAAAAUGGACACCAACCGACGACGCUACCCAGUCCAUCUCUCCCGAGGUUCUGCCUGCAAGUACACAGACUUGCCCCAUGGGACCAUCCCUGAAAACCAGGCUGUGGGGGCUGCAGAACCUGCCUCCGAGUUGCAGAGCCAGGCCUCCACCUAGGAAACAGUGUCAGAGUAGCAGAGAUGGACUCGUUCUAGUCCAUUCUUAACUGAAUCAUAGGUCUGAGGCCCAAGAGUUUCCAAAAGAUAAUCUACUGGUCUUUUCUCUCCCAAUAAAAUGACACAUGACAACAACUUCUAGAUUUUUCUUGGGUAGCUAGGUAGAACAUCUCGGGUCCUUCAGAGAAGCAGGGCGCUGCCUGGUGCAACUUUCAGUGCUAUUUUGCCUUUUCAACUUAAGGCUUACAAAAGCAGAGAACCGGAAGUAAACAUGGGCCACAAGUCUUUGAUGAGUGCAGAAUACAGCUUCCUUUCCUCUUUGGUCCCUUGGUACAAGUAAAGGCCACCCAUCCCUCUCACCUGGCUAAUUCUGUUUUUCCUCUGCAGCGAGGUGGUACAGAGUGAAUGAUUUAUGUGGUGUGUAACCUAAGGCACCCCACUUCCCCUAAGACUGCUAGGCCUGCCUCCCAAAAUGGGGUCACACAGAGAAAGCGGUGGUGAUUAUCUGCCCCUCAGCCUGUUUGCACAUUAGUGAAGUGAGGGUUUCCCAGCACCCUCUCCUGCCCCUCUUGUCUAGGGACCCUUCUUGUCUUCCCAGGUAAAGCAAGUCAUCAUUAAAGCUGCUUUUAUAUUCCCAAA